AUGGGCGUGUACAAAAGCUUCAGGCACGCGACAUUGCAGCAGGCGAAAUCACCCGUCACAGCGAGGUUGAGACAAACCACCCACAUCCCUAUCCCAAUAAUAUCGACGCAAUCUAUGCCGUUGAGACGUCACACUGCGCGCAUGGGAAUUUUAAUGCUCUUUGCUCUAGGGGCAUGGCCAGCCACGGCCUUAGCAACCCCGCCUGGGGCAUAUCCACCAGAGAAACUGGCGAAAGAGAAUCAUCGACAGCCGAAUCUCCAAAGUAAUCAUUUCACGGCGGCUGACGGCCGCCAUUACAUCGUUCCGCACAAGGAGGGGACAGACGCGGCUGCUCAACUCAUGGCCCACGGCUGCACAACGACGAUACGCAACAACAACAUCCCAUGCUACUGGGAUGGUACACAGACGCUAUACUCAGCAACAAGAACUUUGACGGCUCCAGUCGACUGCCACGGCUGCUCAGAUAUUCAUGUUCAACAAGACGUCUAUUUCUGCCCAGUGGAGAAGAUAUACACUACUAGUUGGGCCACGAACCCCAGCACAACUUGGAUUACAGUCUGCGCAACGUCUACCCAGAAAGCCGUCAACUUGAAUAAGAAGGACUUUCUAACAAAUGACGCCGCCUUGCCUGGGCGAACCCGAGCUCCGCAACCGGAGCCGACCAGGAUAUAA